UCGUUGUAGACACAGAGUCUGGGAGGCGCCCACCUCACGCUUUAUCGAUGAAACCGAGGUUGGAAAUAGAGAAGAUGAUGCAGUACGUGGAUAGGAUCGGUCGACGAACGUCAUGACGACACCUGGGGCCGGCGGCACCGGCCCGAGGUAGAGGGAGAGCCCAUCCUUUAAUGAAUUAGAGACUCAUUACGUCUGUCCUGCCUUCACUUCCUAGUUUUCUACUGUAGAGAAUACCUGGCGGUCGAGCGCAGACAUUGACAACCUUUCAAUCACACUCAGACGGCGAGUCUUCGCCCGUCACGGCUGCCCCGAGCUCAAGCAUCACGUGACUAGGACCCCUGACCAGGAAAUAAGUUUUCUAUUCAUAGGACGUCGACGGGGAAUGUGUUCGCUAAACUGACAAGAAAAAGCAGCUUUGGCGCUUACGAUUCUGGAAAAAAGGAACAUCAGGUGUUUUGACUAAAUAGUUUGAAUCUUCAUACACUGGAGCUCUUCAAUCCAAUUGAACGAGACUAGCACAGCCACUGAUAGCACACAAAAAACUAUUUUAGGAUAAGUUUCACAUUUGCUGGACGAUAAUAUCGAGGUAGGACAUCUCACGCAAUGUUUCUUCACUUUACUCCAAUAACUACAAGUUUCCAUCGUCUGCAUUAUCCUGUCAUCUGUCCGCGGGCAAGUGCAGCCCGGACAAUGUAGCAAUGGCUUGGAGGAGCAGCUACCCACCCAGUGUUUCUCUGCAAAUGGGGUGGAUUAUCAGGGCGUCCUGUUUGUCCUGUCUGGUAAUAGAACGGGUGCUAUACCCUCUGGCAUGGAUUACAACAGCUUCCGGAGCCUAAUGUGUCAGUCGGCCAAGCAAGACCUCAUCGUGCCAUGUAUGCUCAAGCUGAUGCAAAAAUGGAAUGUGACUACUUGUACCGAGCAAGACAGACAACUUAUGGCAUCCAGGGGCGGACAAAUACUCGCAUUCAUGGAGAACGUCUGUACAGAUCCUUGUGAGGGCACCGCAAUACAGACUCUGAUUCAGUGUUUUGCCGCGGUGCAAGUGGAUCCGACCCCCAUUCUUCAUCCUAAUGCCACAAUUAUCAGCGACAAAUACUCCAUCAUCGGCAACAACUCAGAUAGUGCAAAAACCUUCUGCAACUCCAGGACACGUCUCUUCUCGUGCCUCGCCCCACUCAGCAAUUCUUGCCCAUCCUUGAUCAAUCGUCUCUACCUCAAGGGGGUCGAUCUGGAAGCUAUGGAACGGUCAACAGAUGUUUUGUGCAAAGACAUUGACCAGUAUACUCGAGGACUACAGUGCUUUACGCAGCCACUGCCCGCAACCGCACAGUGCCAACAGCAGAGCAGUCUGUUUAUGCUACAGGUCUUAGAGGAGAGGUUCCGAAUCGGGUCGACCAAACCCUCAGAUUUUAUGAGUCGCCUCUGCCAAACGAGACUCAGCCACGUGGACUGCGAACUGAAAGCUUAUGGCCAGUCGUGCGAUGUCCAGCUUAUCUCCCUUCGUAGUACUGUGGAAUGUACGACUCUGCCUCGCCCGUGCAGAGAAACUUCUAGCAUCAAACCGGUUUUCGACUCUCUGUGCAAAACGGUCACUACACCCUCUCCAGCAGCCACUGUUCGUCCAACUCAAGCUCCAUCAAGCAAUAGCGGUGGUUCGCAAAGCGGAGGCAAUUCAGUGUCUGGUGCUGUAUCAGGACCCAGGUCGACGUCAUCCCGCCUAACGGCCACCAGUCACAUAGUGUCUACUCUUGUCAUGCUAACAUGUAUGGCGCUUUUGUAAAGAAAGCAAGAAAUAAAGGAACGAUUUUAGUUAAAAAUAUUUACAACAAUUACUCAUUAGGAAUAGGAAAAAACUGCUCAUAGCAUAACGUUGACGGUGAUUCUGAGUAAUGAGUCUGCGCUUGUAACCUUGUCCUUGUAGGAAAUGAUCCGCCGAUACAAAUAUGCUCUUGGCAUUCAAGAUGCCUUAUAGUUUUUUUUAAUCUCUUUUAAAUAAUAAUAAAUGUUUUGACAGACAUUUGUGGUGGAUGCAACAUUUGAUUUAUUAAUUUGCCCUUGGUUUUCCAAAUCAACUGAAACCAGUUACGCAUCGGAAUAAUACUGAGUUCAUUAUAGUUCCAAGAUUAAAGUGUCAAGUCCUGU